AUGGGAUAUUUGGAUUUACCUUACAUAUGGAUUUGGAUCUUGACUAAUUCUUCUAAUGGCAAGGAUCCAGUACUUAAAGACUGGUCCUUCUGCGACUGUGGAGACCAUAGGUCCAACGAAAAUCUGACAUGUCCUCCAGGAAAUCUAAAUGAUGGUGAAUUAACAUCGAUCUCAAGAAUUCAUAUUGGAGCGCGUUUGAAUGGUGAUUUCGAAUUUAAGAAUCAUCAUUUUGAGUUGGAAUGCGCAGUACACCAAGAAGACACAAAUUCAUCAAACUAUGGAAAAGGUAAAAAGGAGAUUAACAAAACUGUAGAUGUACGUGAAUGCAAGUAUUGUAUCAUUAAUGGUGCAUUUGCGCCAUAUGGCGAUGCGUUCCUUGGGCUAGAUGUUAAUUUAAAGUUAGGGAAACCGAACGAAGUUCAUCAAUACAAAAGAUGGAAAGUGAAUUCUCUCACUGCACAAGAUUACCAAAAUGAACGUAAGAAGUCUGCAUCGAAUAAAGACUUUUUUAUUUUGUUUAUAACCACAAAUUGUUUGAACUUCAAACUACCAAAAAAUUCUGGAAUUGUGGACGCGUCCAAUUGGGACAAAUAUUUCGGUCCUUAUUCUGGCAGGGCACAUGCUUACGCUAAUGUAGGUCCUUUGAACAUUAAUAAAGCAAGUCGCAGAGAUCUCCUAUCAGUGUAUGGAAUUGGUGAAACUUGGGCAGAUAAAAUCAUGGCUAAGAGAGAAUUCAAAGACAUAGAAGAUGCGAAAAAAAAGACUAAUAUACCAGAAAGGGUGUUAAAAAGAUUCAAAUUUUGA